GGUGGCUGAAGGGAAGUGAGUGCCAUUUUGGAGAGAUAUAAACAAAGAAAACAAGACUUUUUGUUGAUUUUUCUUUUUUCUUUAUCCAAGUAGAUUAGCACAAUUUAGCUAUGGUAGAGACUUGCUGCGUUAUUGGAUAUAAUGUCUGGUCACACGAUUGAAAUGAGCUGUGAUGUCAUGGCGGCUGCCAGCGUGACCCGACCUGGCAGUGCCCAGACCCCCGAGAAGUCUCAGUUGAUCCUGAAAGUGGUCUCUGCAAAACCCCAGUCCCCAAAGCUGCCGAACCGUCACUCUCGGCUCAGCUCCUUCGUCGAGGUGACUGCCGAUGGCCUGACCAGUGAAACCAAAAAAACAGGCAAACGCACCGGGCACCUGGAGCUGCAGUGGAAUGAAGACCUCACCCUUAAUGUGACGCCUCAGAGUCAUCUGGAUCUGAAGCUGUGGAGUUGCCACACCUUGAGGAAGGAGCUACUGGGCAGCGCUACCAUAGACCUCCUGGACACUCUGCGCACACACGAUGGCAAAAUGGAGAACGUCCAGCUGAGUCUGGUUCUGCAGACGGAGAACAAAGGCUCGGUUGUGGCAGGAGGGGAGCUCAACGUCUGUCUGGACGGCAUGGUUGUUGAUCUGGGCUCUCUGCCCAAUGGCAGUGCAGCAGCAGACAAGAUCCUCCAGCCUAACAGACCCAACCUGAGGAGGACACAGAGUGAGGGGACUCCCACUUCAGCUGGACCAAACAGCAGGAGCAACAGGCACUCAGUGGGAGGUCCGCAGGGCGAUUCCCCUGGGGGCUCCAGAGAGAGGACUGUGCAUAACGGGGAGCUUACCGAGGAGCAGAACCGUGACACGUCCAAACACCGACAGCCCGCAAAGAGCAACGGCAGCCCGGGUCACAGUGCAGACAAAGUUGAACUGGCGUCCAAUGGGUUGGACGGCAGUCGUGGCGUCGUGGCCCGUCAGACUCCUCCCCCUCCGUCUUCCCCGUCAGGCCAGUCUCCAGCGGUCAACAGCAGCGGCAGUAGCCCCUCUCCGGGACAGGAUGCCGUGGGUCCGGCGGCCCCGGCAGAGCCCAGCCCCAACGCCCCCUCCAGCGCAGAGCAGGCCAACAGCAACACAACUGAGUCGACCACAGAUUCGCUUCCGGCAGGCUGGGAGCAGCGGGUUUUACCUCAUGGGAGAGUGUAUUACGUUGACCACAACACCAAAACCACAACUUGGGAGAGACCACUGCCAGCAGGCUGGGAGAAACGAGUGGACCAGGGAGGCCGCUUCUACUAUGUGGACCACAACACCAGGACCACCACAUGGCAGAGGCCCACGGCCGAGUCCGUGCGCAACUAUCAGCAGUGGCAGAGCCAGCGCAGCCAGCUGCAGGGCGCCAUGCACCAGUUCAGCCAGCGCUUCCUUUACCAGCCGUCCGGCGCUCCAGUAGAAAAUGACCCCCUGGGCUCGCUGCCUCCUGGAUGGGAGAAACGUCAGGACAAUGGCCGGGUGUACUUCGUCAACCACAACACCAGGACAACUCAGUGGGACGAUCCUCGGACCCAAGGGAUGAUCAAGGAGCACCCCCUGCCCCCUGGCUGGGAGAUGAAGUACACCGCAGAGGGAGUGCGGUAUUUUGUGGACCACAACUCUCGCACCACCACCUUUAAAGACCCCAGACCCGGCUUUGAGUCAGGGUCAAGGCAGGGCGGCUCGCCUGGAGCUUAUGAUCGGAGCUUCAGAUGGAAAUACCACCAGUUCCGUUUCCUGUGUCAUUCCAACGCCUUGCCCAGCCACGUGAAGAUCUCCGUGUCCAGACAAACACUGUUUGAAGAUUCGUUCCAGCAGAUCAUGAACGUGAAGCCGUAUGACCUUCGGCGCCGGCUCUACAUCAUCAUGAGAGGAGAGGAGGGUCUGGACUACGGCGGUAUUGCCAGGGAGUGGUUCUUCCUGCUGUCCCAUGAAGUCCUGAACCCCAUGUACUGCCUGUUUGAAUACGCCGGAAAGAACAACUACUGUCUCCAGAUAAACCCGGCCUCCUCCAUCAACCCUGACCAUCUCACGUACUUCCGCUUCAUCGGUCGCUUCAUCGCCAUGGCGCUGUACCACGGGAAGUUCAUCGACACCGGCUUCACGCUGCCGUUCUACAAGCGAAUGCUGGACAAGAAGCCAACUCUGAAAGACCUGGAGUCCAUAGAUCCCGAGUUUUAUAACUCCAUCAUGUGGGUUAAAGAGAACAACCUGGAGGAGUGCGGAGUGGAGCUGUAUUUUGCACAGGACAUGGAAAUCCUCGGGAAGGUUUCCAGUCACCCGCUGAAGGAGGGCGGAGAGGACGAGCUGGUCACAGAAGAAAACAAGGAGGAGUACAUCAGCCUGCUGACAGACUGGAGGUUCACCCGCGGGGUGGAGGAGCAGACCAAGGCCUUCCUGGACGGCUUCAAUGAGGUGGUUCCUCUGGAGUGGCUUCGCUACUUUGAUGAGAAGGAGCUGGAGCUGAUGCUCUGCGGCAUGCAGGAGAUCGAUCUGGCCGACUGGCAGAAGAACGCCAUCUACAGACACUACACCAAGAACAGCAAGCAGAUCCACUGGUUCUGGCAGGUUGUGAAAGAGAUGGACAGCGAGAAGAGAAUCCGUCUGCUGCAGUUCGUGACGGGAACCUGUCGACUGCCGGUCGGAGGCUUCACCGAGCUCAUAGGAAGUAACGGUCCCCAGAAGUUCUGCAUAGACAGAGUGGGGAAGGAGACUUGGCUUCCAAGAAGCCACACAUGCUUCAACCGUCUGGAUCUGCCGCCCUACAGGAGCCUGGAGCAGCUCAGAGAGAAGCUGCUGUUCGCCAUCGAAGAGACGGAGGGAUUCGGACAGGAGUGAAGCCGCUAAAGCAACAAAAUUAGUUUCUUGUUUUUGUUAUCGAUCCUAUUUUGCAUUUGUUAAUCACAGGGCUGCAGUCUCACCAAGCCGCUCACUUGCAAUCAGAUGAUGUCUGUUGACAGAAAAAAAAGUUGAAGUUGGAGCACGGUUGCUUCGAGAGCGAAUGGACACUUGUGUGUGGAUGCUCACUUUAUUGUAAUCGUCUAAAUUUGACAAGAACGUGCCGACAGCACCACUCUGAGCUUGCAAACUGCACCAAAACCAGACGGCAUUAAAGCUUUAAUGCCGCUCCACAACCACAGCACAGUUAACCGCGAAUGCAGCGUAACGUAUCUACCAGAGACAAACACUUUUAGCGUUUUAAAGAGAGGAACACAUCCGAGAGGUUAUCAGGAACUACUGCACCUCCUUUACAGAGGUUAGAGAGAGGAGAUAUGAUUUUGUUUUUUAUUUCUAUGUUAAUUUUAAAAGUCUGCAUUUUCUCUUGUACAGACCCUAAAUAAAUGAGACUUCAAUCGUAAA